AACUGACGGACGUCAGUCGAUGGUCGACUAGCGAAUAAUAUAGUGAUAAUAUAUCAAACCCGAUAAUAAAUUGUGAUUAAAAAAAAAAAAAAUCAUAAUAUAUCUUUCUAGUUUCUACUGAAUUAAUAUUUUUGACGAAACACGGCGACACAAAACUAUUAUUAAUAUCUAAUAUAUAACCGUCCGAGCGAGAUAGGCGACCGCAGUCGACGAUCAUAACUCACCUACGACACGUACCAUUAUUAUAUUAUAUACACGCACGCAGUACUGGUAUCUCGUAUUGUAUUAUACCCAAAUACACGCGCACGUCACCUGACCGUUAGCGCCGACGUCCGAGCAGGUUUUGGGUCCAUUGCCUUUGGAUCCAUACGCACGUUGUCUGGCCUUUGGGUCUUGACACGCUCGACGUUUUUUUUUUGGAUAUCCGUCGACAUGUCUAAAUCGUUCGGACGAUGGACGUUACUGGUCGUCCUGCAGUGUAUCGUCGCUUUUGUCGCGAACGAGCCGGCGGGACACGUCCGGACGCACCGGAAGUGCGAUUCUAGAAACUUUGCAUCGCUGAAUCAAAGCCAAUUCAACGAGUGCAGGAAUUUCAACGACUCGUCGUUGCCGAUGCCACCUGCAGCGGGACAACCUGAUCAACAGCGGCGAUACGCCUUUUUGUCGCCGGAAGACAAUAAGAAUGUUUCAUUUCUACUUCAAAAAGAUAUGUACCGCGGUAAGAAACAAAAUGAGAUAUUUUUGUCUAACACAAUUCAAGGAUUGUUUUUCGCAAGUCCGCCAAUGGCUGUAUUAAGCAGUUCAAAUGAAUUGUGCAAAAAUCACAGCCAAAUAUAUUUAAGAGAGUUGGAAAAAUUAACGACGUGGGCAUUAACUAUGUAUGAUUCUUCGGCAAAAAUACCAUCGGGCAUUCUGAACGGAAAUGUAAACCAGUUCGGAGACUUCGAUCAGUGUUUAAGAGUAAACGAUGAAAACUUAGGAAUUAAAGGACAAUAUUGUUUAACGUACGUGGAAAUUACGUUACCAACAAAUGCCAACCAAAAAUUAAAAUACAUAGUUGAUCUUAUGCAUUCCCAUUCAGCUUUUCGUAGUCGAUUAGAAGACCCUGGCCAUCGUGUCCCAAGGUUUUCCACCAUAAACUGGGCUGUUUGCGCACCAGCAAGCUGUUCUCCAGCUGAUAUAGAACACGAAAUGUACUUAUUGCUGUCAAAGUAUGUAGACACGACCGAACUAAAUUUACGUCUCAAAGUUGAUCCGGAAAUGUGUCAGACGUUUAGACCAUCUAUUGUGCCGACAACGGGUUCAUUAAUCGCAAUGUCGAUCUUUGGAACUUUGAUUGUGAUCAUAAUGUUGUCUACUAUUAUGGACAAAUACAAUAUGUUCCUGAAUCAAGAAACAAACUUGUUCAAAGUACUACACUCGUUUUCAUUGAUAAGAAAUGUUCGGCAACUGUUGAGCGUUAAUGAGUCACCUGAAGACAUAAGGUCAGUUCACGGGAUCCGUGCGCUGAAUGCUUUCAUGCUGCUAGCGUCCCAUAAAUCGAUGGCGAUGUUCUUUAACCCUUAUUCAAACAGAACUGCCAUGACUGAGCAUCUCGGAAAGCAAUGGACAGUUAUUGCGCGAGCUGCAAGCCUAUAUACAGAUCCCUUCAUAUUCAUGAGUGGAUUAUUGACUACCAUUUCGUUCUUAAAGCAUUUAGAUCGAAAGGGCACUAUUGACUUGCCCAAAGAAUUAAUUUCUAGGUUUGCCAGACUGGUGCCGACGAUGGGUGCCAUAAUAUUAUUCUGCACAUUGAUCUUACCAAAUUUGGGCUCUGGCCCGCAAUGGAAUUUAGUGGUUAAACACCAUGCCGACAUAUGCGAAAAAACGUGGUGGAGAAAUUUCCUAUUCAUCCACAAUUACUUUGGCUUCAAAAAUAUGUGUUUGUCCCAUACGCAUCAUAUUGGAAUUGACACGCAGCUGUUCAUGAUAUCGCCGUUGCUCGUGUGGACACUGUGGAAGUGGCCUAGAAAAAGCAUGGUGGCGCUUGUAGGGCUAGCGACCAUCUCAACUUUACUUCGAUAUUAUGUGACGUUAACGAAAAAAUUGAACUUGUUUAUCAAUUUUGGAAGCUCAGUUUCACAAAUGUACGAUACAGCUGAUUAUUCCUACAUAUUGCCCACUCACAGAUUGACUGUGUACAUUAUGGGCAUUCUAUUGGGAUAUUGCCUGCGCUACGUAGGAAGAAAUUACCCGUUGAAGAGUGGCCAACUCAAGUUGGGAUGGAUUAUCGCAAUUGUAUUCUUCUACGAAGCAUUCAUACACCCGUCCAAAAUGGGUGACAUCGAUUAUGUAUAUAAUGCCAGCGAUGCCGCCAAUUAUGCGGCAUUCGCACCAAUAUAUUGGUGCAUAUUUUUCAGUUGGAUUAUAUUCGUUUCGUACACAGGCAAUGGAGGUGUCGUAUCGUCGAUGUUUUCUUGGAAAGGAUUUAUUGUGUGCACGCGUCUGUCUUAUACAUUUUAUUUGACACAGUUUCCUGUAUUUUUCUAUAACGUCGGAACUCAUCGUUCUGCGUUGGAAUACAGUUUUGGAUUGAUCAUAAACAUUAAGGAGAUCCUGGCCAUCAUCAUGGUGUCCGUGGUGCUCACCUUAGCCGUCGAGAUGCCGUUCAACAACAUCAGAACGUCGUUCGUGAAGAAGUCCAGGCGCGAGAUGGAAGCGCCGGCCGCCGCCGUGCUAACCGCAGAGGGCGGCGACACAGAAUCGCGUCGCAACCGAUAAGAUUAUUCCUCCUUCACGAGGGCACAAUAUUAUAUUAUUAAUCAUUAUUAUCCAUCAUCUUGGUCAUCGAUCACAUCAUUCAUCACACAUGCGCCGUACACACACCGUUAAGCUCAAAAUUUCCAUUUAGCGUCAUAGGUUCUAAAACGAACAGGUCCACUCACUUUACACGUGACACGUGCAAGCGGCGGAUAUUUUGAAAACCUCAGACCGUCUAGUUUUCAGACCGCGCGAAGAGUCUAACCACUCGCGUGAUCGAUUCACAAAUUUGCCCAUUGUUUUAACAUAAUAUUUAAUAGACUGAACCCACGAGCAAUGCAAUCGAAUUUCUCUGCGCCGUUCGUAGUAAAUUUUAAUAUCGAUGAAUAGAUUAUAGCGUACAAAAAAAUGUUGAGCUCAAUAAUUUUAUUAUUAUUGUUUAUUAUUAUUUAUUUUUUUUUUUUUUAACAUUACACUUGCCAUUUUUACAAACUGGUGUACUUAUAGAUUUUAAUAUUACGUGUACAUAUCAUUCAGUGUAGAAUUAGUAAUUUAUCAUUAAUAUUGUUAUUAUAAUCAUUAUCAUCGUCAACGCAAUAAAUAAUUAAUGAGCUUAU